AUGUCAAAAGCCCUACGCCUCGCCAUGAGUUUAUCACGUUCAUAUCCAUGGGUAGCCAAUCCCUUCAUUGUCAGCGCGCCCAUGCGCGUGAUGUCAGGUCCCGCCCUUGCGGUGGCCGUAUCGCGCGCCGGUGGUCUGGGCUUUCUCGGACCAGCCGUUAAAACACAAGAUAUGCUUGUUGAUCUGGAGAAGGUGUCAACAUUAGUCGAGGAGGCCCGUAAAUCCUCGUCCGCUUUCUCAUCUACCACCAAUGUGCUUCCCGUUGGCGUCGGGUUCCAGCUCUGGAGCGAUGACCUCGCCACUGCUGUUUCUGGUAUCCAGAAAUUCAAACCAUGCGCUGCGUGGCUCUUCGCCCCGAAGGGCGGUCAAGAAGAUUACGACCACUGGUCGCGCAGCAUCCGCGAUGCCUCAUCACAGACCCAGAUCUGGAUCCAGAUCGGUACGCUAGCAGAAGCAAAGGGACUCUUGAAGGGAUCCGAGCGACCCGACGUAAUUGUUGUCCAGGGCUCAGAAGCUGGCGGUCAUGGUCGACACAAGGAUGGACUCGGACUAAUUACGCUCCUCCCGGAAGUCGUCGACGCGUUAGCUGGUAGUCAGAUCCCGAUCUUUGCGGCUGGAGGUAUUGCCGACGGACGAGGCGCUGCGGCGGCACUUUGUCUCGGUGCUGAUGGUGUUGUCAUGGGAACGCGGUUUUUAGCCUCUGAGGAGGCGCGUAUUAGUCGUGGGUAUCAGGGUGAAAUUGUCCGAGCUACGGAUGGUGCGGCUUCUACGACGCGGACGUUACUUUACAAUCAUCUUCGGGGUACGAUGGGUUGGCCGGAGCCGUAUAUGCCGCGUACUAUUAUCAACAAGAGUUUCAUUGAGCACCAGGCUGGCCGGUCGUUUGAUGAGUUGAAGGUUGAGCAUGAUCAAGCUUUGAAGGCUGGUGAUUCUGGUUGGGGUCCGGAGGGAAGACUGGCUACCUACGCGGGUGCGUCUAUUGGAUUGAUUCAUAAUGUCAAGGAUGCUGCGACUAUUGUGCAUGAUGUACGGGAGCAGGUACUCGAGCGACUGGGCCCUGAAGGACGAUCUAAGAUUUAG